AUGUCGCACGCAUACAAGAAGUCCACUCAGUCGUAUCCCGGCACCGCUGGAACGAAGGCCGACAAGCAGCAGGCUCGCCGUCCAACACCCGACUCGGAAGUGCUAGCGUCUUCUGAUGAAGACACAAGCGAACACGUGCUUACGAGGGUAAAGUCAAAUCCCCUCACAGCACGCCGCCAGUCUUCCUCGUGGCUUAACGACAUUCAACCGCACCGGAAGGUCUCGCUCAGUGGGGCCUCGCAGACCGGCAACUCGCAGCCUCCCACCCCGUCAGUCGAACAGGGCACGGGCCAGCCGCGCACUGGAUCGGUUAGCUUCCCAUGGAACGCUGCGUCCUUCACCUCUGCGCGAGACGGCCUGACGUCUCCAACCGUACAGGAACAAGCUGAUCCCACGAUCGGCUUCCUCCUUAACCAAAAGCCUGUCCGCAAGGCGGUGCGGUCGCUCUCAUACUCGGUCGGCCAACAGGACGACGAGCUCCUCAUACCAAAUCCAUCCGGCCACUUCGCUGGCCGCGGUCCUCGUUUGAAUUCCACCUCCGUUCGCCACCGGCCAUCAAAGCCGAGUCUUCUUGGCGAGGCUCCUCUGGACUCAAGCGGGCUUCCGCAACUGUUGGAAGACGAAGACGAUAUGAACAGCGGCUCGACCGCGUCAGAGGGUGGACUCAAGCUGCCCGCGUCACAUUGGGCCAAACCGGACUCAUCCGCUGAGGCAUCUUCAAACGCGCUCUUGCGUCAGGCUGCGGAACAGAACGCUCGUGCUCGGCACCGAGCCUCGACUACAGGCUCUCCGCCUUCGUACAACCGCAAGAAGACUGCAGGUCCCAUCCGAGGCCUCUCCCUAACCGAAUUUGACUCUGCUAUCGAGGAGAUGGAAGAUCAGAUGGAGGAACUGUCAUACAAUCGACGCUAUAGCGAGAAUGUCGCUGGUCUCGGCGCGGGCCUCGACCGCAUCACUACGGAGGCCGGGAUAAUUGACAGCCCAAAAAAGCCCCACUGGGCCACCUCGCUGAGUUUCGGCGAUCCCUUCGGCACACAUUCCAGACGCCAUUCCUUCGCUGACGUCAAGAGCCAUCAGGGCUCAAAGACCGUCAACAAACUUGAACACACUGACGAAGAAGAGGGCGACCCCAUGUCUCCUGGUUCUCGCUUCAGAUACCAGACCGAACAGCAGGCUUAUACAUACGCAUCCCAAUACUUCGACGGCACCGUCCCCAAGGGUCGAAAAUUGAACGAAAUGCUAAUCAGCGCGAUGCACCCAGAUCCCUACGAAGAGGACAUGCCAGGACCCUCCAACAGCAGCAAUCCAUAUGCUGUCCCAGAAGUGAUCAACCGUCCAACACGCCGCUUCUACAUGGUGGCAUUCAAGUGCUCCCGUUCCGAUGUGUACUAUCUUCCCGAGAAUACUGGACUGGAGCUCCAACAAGGUGACAUGGUGAUCACUGAAGGUGACCGGGGCAUAGAUCUCGGAACCGUUACUCACGCCGAUGUCACGCUGACGGACGCCAAGAGAUACAAAGAGAUAGCCUCCAUCGAACACUUCCGAUGGCUGAUGAUGUUCUCGCGAACCGCUAUGAACAAUGGUAGCCUGUACCCUGGGCCUGAUGGCAUGCUUGCGACCACGCAUCAACCCCUGGCCACGGCUCUCGGGCAGAUGACUGCCGGCGGCACCACACUUCCUCAGCAAUAUGUCGGAGGAGUGGACAUGGAGCUUAAGCCCAGGAUCAUCCGCCGAGUGGCGGCUACUCACGAGGUUCAGGUCCUUCGUGAAAAGGAAGGCAGCGAGGCAAAGGCGAAGCGUAUCUGCCAGGCAAAGGUUGCAGAGCACGGACUGAAUAUGGAGAUCCUGGAUGCAGAAUACCAGCUUGAUUACAAAAAGUUGACAUUCUACUAUUACGCUGAUGCUUAUAUUAACUUUAACGAGCUGGUUACGGAUCUCUUCAAGGUGUACAAGACCCGCAUCUGGAUGUCGGCCGUCAAUCCUGCGUCCUUCGCAUCUGCCAUUGGAACCAGCAUUCCCCCGCCGUCGGCCAUUGGCCCUGGAGCCAUUGGUUCCAAGGACACCCGCUCAAAUGCUCCGCUACGAGCAAUGUCAUCACCGCAAGAUUUCAACGCUCCGUUAACCUCUACCCCGCUUCCUAUUGGACUUGGGUACACUCGUAACGUCCAGUACAACGAUGAAUUCGGCUCAUGUAUGCUUUACCCGCCAAUUGGCCUCUUGUUUCGUCGCCCGCGUACUAAUCUGUAA